AUGUGGUUUGGUCCACCAUUUCCAUUUCCAUCAUUCCCUCCAUUUUGCUUCCCAACGAAGAUACUAAUGCCAGCGUCAGCACCAAUAGCACCAACACCAGCAUCGGCAGCAUCAGCACCACCAUCACCAGGAGCAUCAGUACCGCAAACAUCAGCAUCACCAACAGCAUCAGCAUCUCAAGCACCACAAUCGGUAAUACCACCAUACCAAGCCAAAAAUUGGUGGUGUCCAUCUAUUUAUCAACAACCUCCUCGUGUUCCACAAUAUCCUCCGUUUCCGCAACAUUUUCCAUUUCUAUAUUUUCCUUAUCCUCAAUAUUCGCAUUACCCACAAGAUGCUCAGCCAUUACCGCAAUAUCUUCAACAACCUAAUGAUAGUGCAGGAAUGGUAGGGUCGUCUUUAUAUGGAAUGUUUGGAGAAGAUUCUGAUCUACGCUUUAAUGGAUACGAUCAAUUUCAAAUGAAUUUCAAAUAA